AUGCAGCAGCUGCCCACGAGCACGAGCCUCGUGUUCUCGCGCGCGGGCCGGCCAGAGCCGGACGCCGCCGCGGAGCGGAGGAGCCUCGUGGUGACGCCGGCAGAUCCGCUGAUGGUGGAGGUGCCCAUCGCCGGGCAGACGCUGAGGCUGGAGAGGCUGCCGCAGGAGGCGCCCCACUGGCAGACCGCCGUCAUGCUCGUCGACGCGCUGAUGGACCUGGGCGACCUGCGCGCCCGGCUGCGCUGCCGCGCGCGCGCCCUCGAGCUGGGCUGCGGCCUGGGGCUGCCCGGCAUGAUCUGCGCCGCGCUCGGGGGCCGCGCCGUCCUCACGGACCUCCCGGUCGCGCUGGAGGCGGCGAGCGAGAACGCCGCCGCGAACGGCUGGCCGCAGUACGUCUGGCGGGUGGUGGCCGCCGAGCCAGCGCGCGUGCUGCACUACAAUGAGGGCGAGUGCGGCAGCAUGCACACCCGUCGGGUUCCUGUCCCCCGGCGCUCUCGUGACGGAGGUGCGCCAGGACGGCAGCAUGAUCCAGUUCCAACGGCUGACCGGCGAGGGCCCAGACGACGGCUGGGUGAGGACCAGCAAGAAGGGCGUAGCAUUCCUCGCGAAGACGGACGAGCGGCCGCCGUGCGAGGUCGGAGCUCUCCUGGCCAGGCCGCUCGCCUGGAACGCGGUGGAGGAGGCGAAGGCUCUCGCGCUGGGGGACGAGUUCGACGUGAUCCUGUGCUCCGGCUGCGUGGACGAGGCCAUGUACGGCCGGCCUGCUUGGGAGGCCCUCGCGGGCUGUCUCAGGGCGCUUUGCGGCGAGCAAACCACCGUGUUGGUCUCCAACGUGCAACAGCCCGGAGACAUGAGCGGCAUCGGCAGGUUCCUCGCCAGCCUGGCGCCGGACCUCGUGGUUGA